CCCCCCCACAACCCCACCUGGAAAGGCGGGGAGUCGACCGGCGUCGUCCCUUCGACCUGCCACCGCCUGGCCUCCGGGAUCACUCUCCAGGCACGUCCCGCCCGCCCGCCUGCUCUUGAUCCAUUCCCAGUGACGCGGCUGCGGUAGCGACGGCGGCAAAGCCCGGCUUCUUCCGCCGGUUUAUCUCCAGCACCAGCACCGCAACCUCUGCUGCCGGCUCUCUACACACAACCCCCCCCCCCCACCACCACCCCAAACCUGGCCGGGGCUUCCCCGCGGCGAAAUCUCCACUGGCCCGCGGUGGAAUCGUACUUUAAGGCGACCGACGGCUUGAACCCUACCCGGGUUGUGGGGGGGGGGGGCGCAUAAACCGAAGACGGGCACCAUUUCAGAGAAGAAGGGUGUGUGCGCGCGCGCCUCACACACACACACAUACAUAUACACACACACAAAUACACGCACGCACGCAGAGGUACGCAGGCGCGCGCACAGCGUGUUUCUCUCCCGUUUUCGAGUCCUCCCCUCAGCGAACGGCAGGAAUUUGAAUGAAGAGUGGUCCUCCUCCUCCUCCUCGAUCUCUCGUUGGGAUGCCAAGCCUGAACUUGGGGGCAGCGUCGGUUGCGGAGAAGCAGAGAUAUUCCCAUACCUAAACAAAGAAACAGAAUGACCAAGGGCAAAAAGCAGUGGCAGCGGCUGUAACUUCUUACUUCCUAUCAGUUUCCCCACUGAGUUUCCUUGUAGGAAUCUUGUAAGGAGCAGUAGAAAUUUCCCUUCCCUUCUCACCCCAUCCCACCAGACAUCACCCCAUCCCAGAUGGGGGAGGGAGUGGCGGAUUGCAAGACUGGCUGGGAAAUUGUCCCAGAAUGUUGAAAAUGAAGAUUACGUGACCAUAGCAACAUCACAGCAGCAGCAAGUAGCAUUGAAGCAGUCACAACUUUCCCAAAUUUUAUUCCCUUGGGAGUUCUGCAUCUGGACUUUGGAUACAUUCUGAGACGAAGAGCUCAGCAAUGAAUCCAUUGGAGCACCGAUCCAUCAAAGAGCCAGAUCAACGAGUCACAGAUCGUACCUAAAUGUGAUUAAAUAUCCUUCUCUUCCAAAGCUCAGAAGGAACACGGAUUUAUCUGGCAUAGCCUUUUCACAAUUUGAUGUUCAAAGCACAGCAUUUGAGAUUUCAGCGACAGAUGGAUUUAUCUCUUUCCUUCUCCCUUUUUCUUCCCCUCCCUCCCUCCCUCCCUUUCCCUCCCUACUUUCUGCUCCUCUCUUUCUUACUUUCUUUUUAACAAAUUUGAUGUGAAGUUCUGAAGCACUUUGAAGAGGACUGUGAGAGGAAGUGGAGGAAGCAGCUGCAUCCAGCCAGCAACGUUCCUGACACCAGGGCAGCCCUGCCUUGAACAUUUAAUCACAUCAUGCUGUUUUUGAAAGGAGGGUAUAGAGGAAUCGGACAAAGAAGAUUUGUUGUUGAACAUUUGGCUUUUGUUUGGCUUUGAGAAUAUACUCACACACAAAUAUAUUUUCCCUCUUGGAGUUCAGUAUUUAUCCUGAUUGAUCUCAAGAGCUAAUUCAAUUUCAUAGACAUCUGUCUAUGGAACUAGGCACAUAAGAUGAUAGUGGCGUCAAACAGAACUGGGGUGUCCAUGCCCUUCAGUUGUUGAACUUCAAGGGCAUUUGUUGCUGUUUUGAUUUUUUUCCCCCUUAAUUUUGGCUGUGAGUUUGCUCCUUUUUGCCUACAGGGGGUGCUGUAAGCCCACCAUGCUCCGUCUGGGAUUCUGGGUGGCCACCCUGCUCUUUAUUUUUGCUCCUGGGAUAGUCCACUGUGACUGCUGGCUGAUCGAAGGAGACAAAGGCUAUGUGUGGCUUGCUAUCUGCAGUCAGAAUCAACCACCCUACGAAACUAUUCCCCAGCAUAUCAACAGCACUGUGCAUGACCUGAGGCUGAAUGAGAACAAACUUAAGGUGGUGCUCUACUCCUCUCUGAACCGCUUUGGUAAUUUGACAGAUCUGAAUCUAACAAAAAAUGAGAUUUCCUACAUUGAGGAUGGAGCUUUCAUGGGCCAGACAAAUUUGCAGGUGCUGCAGCUGGGCUACAAUAAACUCACCAAUCUGACCGAGGGCAUGCUGCGUGGCAUGGGCCGACUCCAGUUCCUCUUUGUGCAGCACAAUCUGAUUGAGGUGGUUACCCCCAAUGCUUUCAUGGAAUGCCCUAGCCUCAUCAGUAUUGACCUAUCUUCCAAUCGUCUCAGCCGGCUAGAUGGAAGCACCUUCACCAGCUUGAACAACCUGAUGGUAUGUGAGCUAGCGGGGAACCCCUUCAACUGUGACUGCAACCUCUAUGGCUUCCUCAUGUGGUUGGUAGCCUUCAACAAUGUCACAAAAAACUAUGAUCGCCUACAGUGUGAGACUCCCCGGGAGUUUGCUGGUUAUCCGCUUCUGAUGCCCCGGCCACACCACAGCCGCAAUGCCAUCACAAUUUUCAAGUCAAUGUGUGGGGAUGGAACCUUUCCACCCAUCUCCAGGAUCAGACCUACACAGUUCAUAACAGAUCCUCAAAGGGAUCCAGAUGACAAUGCUGAAAACUCAGGCAUUAGCCCAGGGGAUUUCCUCUCCGUUGAACCUCCAGCGUCUUCCACUACUGAUUCUUCCUCUAACCCCAGCAUAAAGCUCCAGCACGUAUCCAUCAACUCAGCUGUUUUAGUGGUGACCAUUCCAUUUCCUUUUAGCAAGAUGUAUGUUCUGGUUCAGUACAAUAACAGCUAUAUAUCUGAUGUAAUGACUCUAAAAAAAAAGAAGGAAUCAGUAACUCUCACCCACUUGAAGGCUCACACAGAUUAUACAUUCUGUGUUGCUUCAAUCCGGAACUCCAAACGUUAUAACCACACUUGCCUUUCGUUUGCCACAAGGAGUAAAGGGAGGGAAGAGCCAAUACCCAGUACAUCCACCACUACCCACUAUAUCAUGACCAUAUUAGGCUGCCUUUUUGGGAUGGUUAUUAUUCUUGGCAUUGUCUAUUAUUGCUUGAGGAAGCGUAGGAUGCAAGAGGAAAAACAAAAAUCUCUCAAUGUCAAGAAAACUAUUUUGGAGAUGCGUUAUGGUUCAGAUAUUGAUACCAGUUCAAUUGUACAUCCAUCACAGAAAUUGGGGGAACCACCAGUCAUUCCUGUCUCACGGAUGUCCUCUCUUCCAUCCAUGAUUGGAGAGAAGUUGCCUUCAUCCAAAUCUAUGGAAACUGGCAUGGAAACUCCCAAGGUCACCACAAAAGGCAAUUACAUUGAGGUUAGGACCGGUGGUGGGGAUGGGCUGGACAGGUCACAGCGGGAUGAUGAUCUGCAUGAACUGGAUAAUGGCCAAGGUUCAGCAGCUGAAAUCUCAACAAUUGCCAAGGAAGUAGACAAAGUGAAUCAGAUAAUCAACAAUUGCAUUGAUGCCCUGAAGCUGGACUCGGCUUCCUUUUUGGGAGGAGGGGGUGGUAUUGAUUCUGACAUGGCUUUUGAAUGCCAGUCCAUACCAACCAGUUCUUCUGCUGGGUUGGAGCGACCAAGUUUUCUCUCUCCACCAUAUAAGGAGAGUUCCCACCAUCCCCUGCAGCGCCAGCUUAGUGCAGAUGCUGCUGUGACAAGGAAAACUUGCAGUGUCUCAUCCAGUGGCUCCAUCAAAAGUGCUAAGGUUUUCAGUCUUGAUGUACCUGAUCAUCCUCCAUUGAGCAAAGCAGAUUCCAAGUACAUUGAGAAAGGAAGUCCACUCAACAGUCCUUUGGAUCGUCUUCCCCUUGUGUCCCCAGGUGCCAUCCACCACUUAGAAGUGAAACCUUCCUAUCACUGCAGUGAACACCGGCAUUCCUUUCCAGCCCUCUACUAUGAAGAGAGUGGUGACACUUUAAGCCAACGGGUGUCCUUUCUUAAGCCGCUCUCCCGUUCCAAGCGGGACUCUACAUAUUCUCAGCUCUCACCUAGACACUACUUCUCUGGCUAUUCCUCCAGCCCAGAGUACUCUUCCGAGAGCACCCAUAAGAUCUGGGAGCGUUUCCGACCUUACAAAAAGCACCACCGGGAGGAAGUCUAUAUGGCAGCUGGUCAUGCCCUGAGAAAGAAAGUCCAGUUUGCCAAGGAUGAAGAUCUGCAUGAUAUCUUGGAUUAUUGGAAAGGUGUUUCUGCUCAACAAAAGUUGUGACUCCCUCGUUAAAAGGAAGAUAAAUCGACCGUUCAAACAAAUUAACCCUCCUUCACCUGACUGUGGAAACAAAAAAAAACCUGACAAAAGAAACUGAAACCAUUUCUUAAAGUUUACAAAAAAACAAAAACAAAAAAACAACAGGAAAAAAAAACCCCAAGUGAAAUGAAGUGUCUCUGUUGUGUUACAGGGACCACUGUUACUCCUUCAGAUGGUGGGGAGGAGAGUUUUCCUUUUAUUCUAUGGUGAAGAGAAGGGAAGACUGUGAGAGGAGCUACUGGACUUGUAGGUAGCAGAGGCAGGAGGGGAGGGAUGCUUACCAGGCCUAGACUAAGACACUAACCAUCACUUUUUGGUUACUUUUAUUUUGUUCCAAAAAAGGAAGUGGUUUUACUCAUUCCCUGAUAAAAGUGAAGGGGAGAGUGAUCCCUCUGCUUCUAUGUCCUUCCCUUUCUUUCCUGUGCUUGCCAGGAUUCUUUCAAACAAUGCUCUAGUGCAUGGGAGAUAGUUUUCUGUGAGAGGUUCACAUAAAGCUGGAGUAGCAUUUCAGUCACCUAAUUUUGUGUUUGGGGGGCAUUUGUGUAGCAAAUGUGCAUUCAGCCCUCUCCUGUGAGUAGGCAUGCUUGACCUCUGGGAAAGGUCUACAUACUCUCAACGUGGAUAGGCUACUGAAAUAUUACCUCAGCUGCAUUAGCACUGAUCAUGGAAUAGGUUGAAUCCAGACUUAGUCAUGAUGGAGCAGACCAAGUGCAUAUAUCUGAGGCAUGACUAUAUUGGGAUUCAAGUCACUGAUGCUUGUGCACUUAAGGCAACAUUUAAAACAUCCCAAAGUCAAGUCAAAGAUGUAACACACAUUAAGGUUUCACUCAGGAUCUUCUGUGCUCUCUAUUCCGUCAAUCUUUGUUGAGAUUUGUGCAUGCAAAAGCAAGAACAACAUCUAAAGCUUUCUUUGCCUAUCCUCACAUGCUCAGGAUUGUCAAUUUCUGUAGGCUGAUGCAGGAUAUAAUUUUUCCUUCAUUGGGGAAAGAAUUAUGAGAUGAAGCAGAUAUAUUACAGAAUCUCUGUAUUUUCUAUGCCCUUCAUUGUUUGUCAGGAAGGGAGAGAACAUUAGUUCUCAAGGAGUAUCCCCACAUUUCAGUAGAAUUUCAGUUGUCUUCCAAGAAAAGUGAAUUAUACAGUCUGGCCCUGGCCAAGAGGGGAUGCCAAAAUAAGAGCUUGAGAGGAGAGCAGUAGCUGCAAUCUCUCUUAAGAUCUCAAGGAGUUCUAACUCCAAACAAACCUCAGCAUAUGGACUUGGGGAAUAGCACACAACUCCUUCCCAGGAUAUACUGUGCUCCCUUACAGGGCUGACUCCAUCUUGGCUCUUUCCCUGAAAAUAACUGGCUGUGAUCCAUGACAUUCCAUGACAAAAAAACAUUACACCUCAAUGCUAGAAUUGGACCUAUGUGGGUAACAAGAUUGAAAAAAUAGAAUGCUGCAGAGGCUGGGAGGAUACAGCUUGGGAUGAUCUUGCAACCGAAAAAUGAAGGAUUGCCCUGGGAAAAAGAAAAAAGAGUGGAAUUCUUCAAGAAAACAUUCAGUGGUUAAGCUAGACAAGGUAAUGCAUAGUGGAUUAACAGACUUGCCAACAAAGCAUCCAGAUAGCAUAUGGAUGGGAUGAAGGCAUAGAUAGAUACCAGUUGAUUGCAUUGGUUGGCAGUCCAGGUUUGCCCAUUUUCCUAUCAUCUUGCUGACAUCAUUUCUUUUCCAUGACUUGGGUUUGUUUUUGUUUUGUUUUUUUGCAGCUGCUGUAUUCAAGUUCUGACCACUAUAUUUCCUUAUAUUCUUGGGAGAACAUACAGCAAAAAAUGGUUCAGAGCCAGUGAUGAAGGGAUGAGUUGAGUUAUUCAGUUGUUCUCAUGAGAACUUCAGUCACCAUAGUUAAGAUUGAUUAGUUAAAGAGUUGGCACAGAUAAGUAAAUGUGGAUGUGGAUGUAUACAUACGUUCUGACACAUUCAUGUUCAUAUAUAUAGAGAACCAUUCUGUGGUGCUCUGCUUUAUUAUAAAGAUUGAAAUUAUUAAGUAUUUUACUAGGAAUAGAUCGGAGUAAAAUCUGGUUUAGAUAAGGUGCACUUGGUUCCCAAUGAAUUCAUGGGGACUUAAAUCAUGGCUAACUUAUCCCAUUGAUUUCUAUGGUAUCAAAAUGAUCUUUUCUUGUAUGAAGAGAAAAGAGGCUCCAUGUUUCUAAAUGUUUCUAUAGCCUUUUAUCUCUGAUUUGAUAAAACUUUACCAUGACAAUG